AGGUUGUUUUAGUUUUGGCUACAAGACUUCAGCAAGAGCUGCACAAUUCAGAUUAGGCAGAAGAAAUUAGAAAUGGCACAACCACCAGCUCCACCACCACCCUCCGCGGCUUCACGAGUCACCAUUCUUGUCCUGAGAACUCUCACCUUUGUUUUCCUCUUUGUAUCGCUCGUCGUCAUAACAACCAGCACGGCCACCUUAGAAGUUGACAUCUACGAGUUCAAAGUCCAUUUCAAGGAUGUCUACGCUUAUCGGUACAUGCUAGCCACGAUCGUAAUCGGAAUGGCAUAUAUGAUCCUGCAAAUUGGUUUCAUGCUAUACAAUGUUGUUACCGGAAAUCGCUUGAUGGCCGGCGAUCGAAAUCUUCUAUUUGACUUCUAUGGAGAUAAGGUAAUAUCGUAUUUGCUAGCGACAGGUGCUGCAGCUGCAUUUGGAUCGACCAAGGACAUGAAACCAUUGUUUUCAGGAUCAGGCGACGUUGACAAGUUUUUCAACAAAGGCUAUGUUUCUGCAAGUCUCCUUCUCCUUGGAUUUGUUUGCACUGCCAUUUUAUCGGUUUUAUCUUCUUAUGCACUCCCAAAGAAAGUUUGAUGUUUGAUUUCAAGCACAACAUAUGAGUUUGUAAGAUUAUUGCCAUCUUCAUGUUUAUGUUUGAAUAAGAUGAGAAUCACGUGUACAUACAUGUUGUGGACUUUGUAUACAUUUUUUUUUUCCGUGACCCAGAA